AUUCAAGUGCUCUGCCUACCAAGGGCCCUGUGAAGCAAUGGAAUAUCACUCUCAUGUGGAGAAUCUGGAUGAAGAUGGAUAUACUCAAUUAGACUUCAGCACUCGAGACAUCUAUAAAUGGCCUGUGAGAUCAGAGAAAGGAAACCAGGCUCCAUCUUCUCCUUGGAGGCCCAUUGCAGUGGCUUUAGGCAUCCUGUGCUUGGUGGCAGUAGUGGUUGCUGCAGUGUUGGGUGCCCUAGUAUUUUGGAGAUUCAAUUCAGGGAGAAAUCCAGAGAAGAAAGACAGCUUCCCAGCAAGAAAUAAAGAGAACCACAAGCCCACAGAAUCAUCUUUAGAUGAGAAGGUGGCUCCCUCCAAAGCAUCCCAAACUACAGGAGUUUUUUCUGGGCCUUGCCUUCCUAAUUGGAUCUUGCAUGGGAAGAGCUGUUAUCUAUUUAGUUUCUCAGAAAAUUCCUGGUAUGGAAGUAAGAGAUAUUGCUCCCAGCUAGGUGCUCAUCUACUGAAGAUAGACAACUCAAAAGAAUUUGAGUUCAUUGAACGUCAAACGUCUUCCCACCGUGUUAAUUCAUUUUGGAUAGGCCUGUCCCGCAAUCAGAGUGAAGGCCCAUGGUUCUGGGAGGAUGGAUCAGCAUUCACCCCCAACUCGUUUCAAGUCAGAAAUACAGCUCCCCAAGGAAGCUUACUGCACAAUUGUGUAUGGAUUCACGGGUCAGAGGUCUACAACCAAAUCUGUAAUAUUUCCACAUUCAGUAUCUGUGAGAAGGAACUGUAAAUGUAUGUGAGGGUGUAAACAUGGUGUAUAGGUAUGUGUGUGCAUGCACACAUACACAUACAUACACCAACACCAACACCAACAGCAACUCAACGACAACAACAGCAGCAGCAAUAACAGCUCAGAACAGAACAGAGCAGAACAGAAAAGACUAAUUUUGAAAAUCAGAGAAAAUAUUGAAAUGCUAAGAGACUUUAACCUCAGCUGAGAACUUGGAUGAAGAAGCUGAGACUUCUGUACUUGUGAGCUUCAUAAAGAAGGCAGUGCUAUGUAGAUGUGGACUGAAGGUAGCUCAGAAAUACAGAGAGUACGUGAACCUAAGGUGCCCUGACUCAGAUGUCACAGCCAUAACAAAACUUCUACACCAUCAGGAAACACUGUAGAGGAAGGCUGAAGACUAUAAGAGUCAGAGGACCAGCUUCUAAUGCUAGGGUCGUCUAGACAGGACAGGGAGAGUGUAUUCAGGAAACAACAACAACACAAUUCAGCAAACAAGACCUGCAUAAUGACAGCCUCAGUUGGUAUGCCAACAUGGACGUAGAAUUUUCACAAAGUCCUAUGCCCCACAUGAAGAACUACAGGAAAUUAAUGAUUCUCAAAGAGGGGGAAAGAGCUUUCUCUAGGAAUAAGCCUCCUGAUGUGCUACUGAACCCCAAGCAGUCAGCACUGAACACAUGUACAGACCAGCAUCAUUAAAUGAACUAGUAAGACACAUACAUAUAUGUUAAUCAAAAAUUUUCAUGGGAGUAGACACUGUGUUUGUGUGAUUUGCUCAGUGUCUGGCAGUACAUCACACCCAGGGAGAAGGCAAAAUGCACUUCUAAAUUGAGAAGUGAAGAAAUGAGGGAAGAAAAUCUUCACUACAAAUAUAGCUCUUAUUUUCAUCCACAUGGUCACUAUUAAAAUGAUCACCACCCAAAAGUAGUGACCCAAGCUUCUUCCCCAGCUAGAUAACCCAGAGAGUCUGCCUAUCUUUUCUGAUAGCAAAUCUGGUAUGACAAAGGUGGUGCCCUUAUAGGAAGCAUUGUCCUUAAAUAUUAUAUUUGGAAAGAUAAAUCUGAUAGUGAAUAUUUAAAAUGCACUCAGUCAGGAUUAGUGUUUUGGAGCAUAAAACAUAUUUCAUCAUGUUAUGAUACACUCUCUUGCAGUUAACCAACUCUUAAGUCAUUUCUUUACAAACAUAUGACUGGAAUAUGACUCUGUUUCCUAGUGUGAUCUGUUUUGUUAACUUCUAAGACUGUCCAUUAAAACCACCUGUAUAUCCAGUGCAGAUUUCUAAAUUGCUGGGAUCUGUUCGUAGCUUCCUCAGACUGAUCAAUAUGUAGGCAGAAAUUGUGCUGAGUCCACUUGAACAUGAUUGGUUUUAUGUCACUUUCAUCCCAAUUGAAAAACUGCUUAUUAAAGUAUCUUUGGCCUCUAAAUAACCUGCCUAUAUGUAACAGUCACUAACCUAAUUUGCCUUCUCCCCUAAAAGGUUGAUACUCCCCUAAAAGGUGAGAUACUUUGAUACUAGGUAGGGAAUAUGUAUACUAGAUGGUUUUUCAUUGAAGCAUAAA